AUGUCGCCGAAUGCCAAACAGUUCUGGACUUGGCCAGUUCUCUGGCUGCUCUGCUGGGCUGUGCCCCGUGCGUUGGCGCAGUUGUGCGAGGCGCAGGGCUGGCGCAGCUUUGAGUGCCGCGAACUGGGCAGCCUGCAGGAGCUGAUCAAUGAGAAGGCUCUACACACUUACAGCUGGCACAGGCUGAGCAUCAGAAACGAGCACACGGAGCUGAGCAUAGGCACAGACGAAGACGCGCAGAGCUUGGCCGGUUUGUUGCACUUGGAUCUGUCGCAUGUGCAGCAGCUGCAGCUGCAGCGAGCCGGCUUCUCGAUGCUGCCACAACUGCAACAGCUGAACAUCAGCGGCUGCGCCUUGGAGCAACUGCUCGACACGCACUUUGCCGCCAACGCAAGACUGCAGCUGCUCGACGCCAGCCACAACCAGCUGACAACUCUGACAAAGCAUCUCUUUGGCAAGCUGCGCACUUUGAUUUAUGCCAAUUUCACACACAACUCGCUGACGCACUUUGAGCUGCCCCACAUGCCAAUGCUGCAGCAGCUACAGCUGGACCACAAUCAGUUGAUUAAUUUCAGCCUCGGUGCCUGUCCCCAUUUGGAGCAGCUCAGCCUUAACGGCAAUCAGCUGGACCAGCUGAAUGCAACAAGCUUUCGUGAACUACCUGGACUGGUGGAUCUGCAACUGGGUGAGAAUACGCUUAAGACGAUUGACAAAGACACUUUUCAGCCGUUGAGGCAGCUACGUUCCUUGAAUCUCUCGCACAAUGAGCUGGAUGCACUGCGUCCACAGGUGUUUGGCUCAGCUAUGGGGCAAUUGGUUGCACUGCAGCAAUUGGAUUUGUCCGGCAAUAAUAUACGCCUGCUCUUUGACAAUCAAUUCCGAAUGCUGGGCAAGCUUCAAUUGCUGAACAUAUCCCACAAUAGCAUCUCUAGCCUGAGUGCUGCACACUUUGCGGGUCUACAGACGCUGCGCAAGCUGUAUUUGCAGUCGAACGAUAUACUCGAGAUCAAGCCAGACACGUUUGCAGGGCUUGACGAUCUGGACACACUGGACUUGUCGCACAACAACCUCGAGUAUCUGGACGAGAAGGCCUUUGGCAGCAGGGCAAUGUCGCGCCUGCGCAAACUCAAUCUGAACGCCAACAGUCUGAAGCGUCUGCAUUCGCUGGCCUUCUCCUCGCUGCCCUUUGUGGAAUACCUGUCGCUGGGCAACAAUCUGCUGGGCCGGCUGGAUGUGCUUAUGUUUGCGCCCAUGCGACAUCUGCAGAAGCUGCAUUUGGGCCACAACGAGCUGACCGAGAUCAGUCCCACUGUGCUGGAGAGCCUGAGCAGCGUCGUGGAGCUGCUCAUUGACAACAACAAGCUAACCUUCCUGCCGGAUCUAAAUGGUACGCUGGCCAACUUGAAGCGUGUGGCCAUUGAGGGCAAUCCUUGGCAGUGCGCCUGUUUCACGCAGCUGGAGCGUUGGCUCCAGGCCAAGCACGUUACCUACGUGCGCGAGGGCACCGGCUUCUACAGCGGCGAGAAGCCACUUUGCGUGGUUACAGCUGUGGAAUACUGUGUGCAGACACUGCCAAAAGAUCGACACCAAGAUGUUGUGGAUGAGUUCGAGGAGCGACUACAAGCAGGACGGUCCUUAGAUGGUAGCUCAGAUGAAGACUGAUAAAUGUGAUGGAUGAAUAAGUGUGUGAUGAAUAAAUGCAUUUUUGAUGA